AUGAAACACGAGGAGCUCGAGGUCCUCUCGACCAAGCUCUCCGGAGACUUCCGGUCUAUAGAGCCCUACCUGAGGGACCUCGACAAGCACCUGAUCCUGCGCUCCCAUGUCGAGGGAUACAGCCUCGGAGACCUCGAGAAGGCAAUCUGGCAGACUCUUCGAGGAAACAAGGCCGCAAUCGGCUUCAUCCGGCGAAACGGCCUCCCAAACUUGACGAGAUGGUUCACCUUCAUCGAGCAGUCGCAUCCCGAGAUCCAGGAGGAAACCAAGACGGCCGACGCGGCCUCCAAAAAGCCCGGCGCCAACUACAACCUUGCCCUCCAGGACACGGACAAGGGAGUCGUCACUCGGUUCUUGCCCGAGCCCUCUGGCUACCUGCACAUUGGCCAUGCCAAGGCUGCUCUCCUCAGCGACUACUUCGGCCAUGUUGCCCACAACGGUAAGAUGCUUCUCCGACUCGACGAUACCAACCCUGCCAAAGAAAGCGAGGAGUUUCAAGACGCGAUUGUCCAAGACCUGGCCCUCAUGGGUAUCCAGGCGGAUUCCUUAACCUACACCUCCGACUACUUCGACUACCUUUACGACAUGUGCAAGAAGCUCAUCUCCAUGGGCUUGGCCUACGCCGACGACACGGACCAGGAGACCAUGCGCGCGCAGCGUAUGGACGGCAUCCCGUCAAAGCGGCGCGAUCGCUCUGUCGAGGAGAAUCUGCGCAUCUUUGAGGAGAUGAAAAAGGGCUCCCCGGAAGGCUUGGCACACUGCAUGCGCGCCAAGAUUUCCGCCGACGACCUGAACAAGGCGAUGCGAGAUCCCGUCAUUUACCGCUGCAACGUCAACGACGCGCACCAUCGAACAGGACGCAGGUGGAACAUCUAUCCCAUGUACGACUUUGCCUGUCCGGUAGUCGACAGCCACGAGGGGGUGACGCACGCCCUGAGAUCUACCGAGUACACCGACCGCAACCCGCAGUACCAGUGGUUCUUGGACACCUUGGGGCUCCGCAAAGUCCACAUGUGGGACUUUUCGCGAAUGAACUUUAUCAGGACGUUCCUGUCGAAGCGCAAGCUGGCCAAGCUGGUCGACUCGGGCAAGGUAUGGGGCUGGGACGACCCGAGGAUGCCGACGAUCCGCGGUGUGCGACGACGUGGCAUGACGGUCACGGCGCUUCGAGACUUUAUCCUUCGACAAGGCCCGAGCCGCAACGUCGUCGUCAUGGACUGGACAAGCUUCUGGAACGCCAACAAGAAGGAAAUCGACCCCGUUGUGCCGCGCCACACGGCCCUCCUGCGCAAGGACAUGGUCAAGGCCAAGCUGACGGGGGGCGAGGUUCCUGCGGGCGUCGUCGUCGAGCAGCGACAGAAACACCCCAAGAACCCCAGCGUCGGGAUGAAGGAUGUGGUCUUCUCGCCAGAAGUUUACGUCGACCAGGCCGACGCCAAGAGCUUCAAGGCCAACGAGGAGGUGACGCUCAUGGGCUGGGGCAAUGCCUUUGUCCGCGAGCUUCCUGCCGAGGACCCCAUCGCCAACAUGACUCUCGAGCUCAACCUCAAGGGAGACUUCAAGGCCACGGACAAGAAGAUUACGUGGCUGUCUGCCCAGGGGCUGGACCUGGUGCCCGCCGAGCUGUGGGACUUUGACUAUCUCAUCACCAAGGACAAGCUGGACGAAGACGAUAACGUCGAGGACUUUCUGAACUCUGACACGUCGAGCGUCGAGGAAGCGUGGUGUGACGCCGGCGUCGGGGAACUCAGGGCCGACGACAUUAUCCAGCUGGAGACAUUUUGA